UGAGUCUCUAUACCAAGCUCCUUCGUAGUGUUCCUGUUGACCGUGUGCGCGUUUGUGAGGCGGCAGAGACUGGCCUGACGGCUCGCUGUAAAUAAAACGGAUUCGCGCCGACGUAAUUCCGCUGGAAUGGCAGAUUUCCUGGAGGACACGACGCUGCCAGUGGAGGAGAGGGAGUUUAGGAAAACUAUAACUUUGAUCGGAGGUAAAGAGAGGAUUUAUUUGGUCAGUGAUGCCGGUAAAAGUAAAGAUGUGGACGGGGGUGACUCUGGAAUAUUGCAGGAGUUUAUCAAUGACAUGUUUCACUACAGCAACGGGGAGUUCAACAACUCUCCUUCGGGCAUGCACGGCGAUACUGCAAGUAUAUACCCUGUUUGCGAAAAAACCAAGACUAAAAGCCAUGAAAUACCACUAAAAGCGAGGCCUACGGAUUUGGAUUUGGAUUUGGGAGCCUGUCCGGUGGUUGAGGACGUGGAGAAAGGAAAUCCUACGCGCAAUGGCACCCCUAUGAGAACAGCAACGAGGAGAGCAAACAUUUACAGCCGAAAGCGAACUAUAGACUCUCCUGUCAUCAUAUUCGUCUUCAGACAGACGUUUUUAAGCAAAAGUUCCAACGAAUUGUACUUAAAAGAGACACUGAAGGACGUAAAGGCACGCACGAGACGUGCCAGAAUCGCCAGACCAGCUCUGAUUGGAUUAAUAGGCACCGGAGAGGAGAGCGCCGAAACGCAUCAGUGUGCGCAACUCCUGGAGAGUCUGAUCCGCUCUGUGUUCCACAAACAGUCUCCAGAAACAAUAUGGGUCGGCUGUUUUAUCCCUAAAACAGAGGCCAAAAUCCUCAGCAUCAAGAAAAACGCCUGCAAAGUCAUACACUCAUCCCAAACAGCAGAUAAUACCAGGGAUAGAGGGAACCCGCUUCUCUGGCCAUUCCAAUGUUUGUCCUGGGAUCAUAGGAGAGGCCAGGCCAACAACUCUUCAAACGGCAGGCAAAGAGAUCACACCGGAAGUAAAGAGGAGGGUAUCCCUCUGAAAACCAUUUCCCUGUCGGCUGGACCUCAAAUGGAUGGAGGAGACAGCUGAUGUCAUGACACGUGACCUGCAGCUGCCGGCAUAUCACUGCAGACAAUCAUUCUGUCUUAACUUUCAAGAACCAGUUAGCUUCAUCUGGUUAGAGAGCCCUAUUACAUGUAACACCGUUUCUUCAUAGUGUUUAACAUUCACAUCGCAUCUAACCAAAUGUUGGUAAAUAGUCCUAUCUGUUGUAAUUUAGCAGAUUUACACCUGAUGCACAAUGGUAUUAACUUUCACAUCAUUUAAUAAAACAUUUUGAGGCCUAAAUAGAGAUUUGUCUGUUAUUUUAAAACAUUUAAACUGCAAUUAGGCUAAGUUAUAGCAACAGUACUCUUUUAACAUGAUGUAUAGUCAAGUAGGGCUUGAUUGCCAACUGGUCCCACAACUCUAAUGCUCUU